UUCAUUUUAGUUUCUUUGGGCAACUAAAAGGCUUAUUUACUUGGGAAUAGUACGUAAUAUAAAAAAGAUAUAUUUGGUAUAUAUUAUUUUUCUUUUUGGAAAACUAUUUGAUAUAUAUUACAAAGCUUCAAUUUCAGACCUCAGCACAUCUCAUUUGUUACGAAUCUUAUCUCUCUCUUUCUCUUAUUUCGUCUCUUCUUUGGUAGUGAAGAUGGAUAUGUACAACGAUGAUAGCUCUCCGUACUGUUAUUUCCAUCCAAAGGAAGAAUAUGUUGGAGUGUGUCCUCUCUGUUUGAACGAGAGGCUUCUGGUUUUAGCUUCAAAGCAGAGAUCAUCAAAAACCAGACACUCUUCAUCUUCGCCAAUCAUUAGCCUCCCUAAGAUCUUCACCUUGAGCUCUCUCCUCAGUCGCUUAGAUUUCCGUCACCACCGGAAAUUCCAUCCCUCUUCCGAUCUUGAAGUCUCCACAAGCCAAGAAGAUUCUUUUAUUUCCAUAAAAUUCGAAAACGAUGGAAACGCCUCUUGGGAGAGGAAAACAGUGUCAAAGGUUUGUGUAGACAACACAAACUCAACAUGUAAGAAGCAGCAAGCCCCUCUCCCGAGCACUACGAGUAUCGUAGAGCACAAUAGUGCCAAGUCAUCUCUUAAGUGGCGCAAACGUAUUGGUCAUCUUUUCCGUGUCAUCAAACUCAGAUCAGGAUUGCCCACCUCUUCUUGUCAUGUGGCAUCAUCCAAGGUCGAAGGAACCAAAGUGAGGAAACAUGGUUGGAUGGUUAGGACUUUAACCAGAAGAAAAUCCAGGAAAAAUAAAACAUAGAAUUUAUAUUUUUCAUAUGUUUAUUUAUUAAACUUAGAUAAAAGUUUCUAUAUUAUUUUUUCUGAGUUUAAUAUUGGUUUGGUCGUUAUUUCAAUGGUUGAUGCUUUUGUUUAAAGAAGAAAUAUGUUGAAGCUUUUGUUGUAAGUAAUGAUGAUAAUACAUGGAUUGAAAAACGACAGAAAAAUCGAUAAAUUAAUUUGUUAUAAA